AAUCAGUCGAAGGCUCACCAUCUCUCGAAACCACCGCCAUUUCACCAUAUCCUACCAGCCAAACGUGAUGUCGAAAUCUAAGCUCCUACCAGGCCGGUAUCCUGCUCCCGGAACAGACCCGGUCGCAGAUGCUAUUCGCAAACGACGGGGAGAAAGGGGGCUGACAGCUCUCGAUGGGAACCUUUUGCACUUUGCUGAAGGCGCGAGAGGCUACAAUGACCUUCUUGGGGCGCUGAGGACGGGUGGGAAGGUCCCUGGAGAUCUGAGGGAGUUGAUGAUCCUGAGAAUCGCUGCGUUGAACCAUGCAGCCUACGAAUGGGUUCAACACGAACCGAUCGGACGCAAGGAAGGAUUGUCCACUGGCCAACUCUAUUCUAUCCGCGACAUCGACACUCCCCUUCCGCCUGCCAAAGGUCUAUUUACGCCACUGCAAGAAGCUGCUCUGGACUUUGUAGACAAGCUGACACUGGUCAGUUCCUCCAGCUUCACCGUCGAUCAUGGCGUGAAGUACAAGGAUGCACUGCGGAAAUACGUCGAAGGCACUGGCCACUCGGAGGUGGAAGAGCUGACGAACGCUCUGUAUUCCGAAUCAUCGAUGCUGGUGGCGACCUAUAACCUCGUCUCUCGCUUCCUCGUUGCGACUGAUGUCGAUGGGCGUGCGGAGCAACAAGUUCCAUGGCCCGUCGAACGAGUCGAGCAUAAUGUCACCUUACCUUCGUUCCCAAAAUCAGAAGCUACCCACCAGAUUUACGCUGUCACUUUGCGGCAUCCAGAACAGGAUGCGCCGUGGAUCGUCCUUUCGAACUCUCUACUCACGUCGACCAGGAUGUGGGGAUGGAUCGUUCCCUAUUUGCUUGAUGGAGGCUUUCAUGCCUCCGGCGGGAACUCAAAGCGCCGGUAUAACAUUCUCUUGCACGACCAACGCGGUCACGGGCGUUCCACUCUUCCACCCAAUCCGGCCGACAGUGUUCGCUAUCACGAUGAUGAUUCAGCCCGACGCUCGACUAUCCCGCUCCUCGCUUGGGAUGUGCAGAAUCUCCUCGUCUCGGACGAGAUCAAGGAAGUCAUCGACGGCGACUCGAAGGGUCUGAAACCCAUUCAUGCAGUCAUUGGCGUCUCACAGGGAGGGGCAUGCGCCAUGGCAUUUGGCGCCAGCUACCCCACAUCGAGCGGAAGCCCGGACACCACUGCGCGCAAGACGAAAGCCAUAAUCGCAUGCGACACCUCCGCUCGAACACCGGCUGGUAAUAGAGAUGCGUGGAAAGAGAGGGUCGGACUUGUCUUUGGCGGAGCGGGACUGGACGACGCUCAGAGCGUUGGGCUGUCGCGUCUGGCCGAUGUCACGCUCCCUCGAUGGUUCCCCGCUGCCUCGCCACUCCCACCCUCAAGGGCAGCGUUGGUGAGGAAGAUGGUCGAGGAGACACCUGUUGAAGGGUUCGUGGAAGGAGCGAGGGCGUUGGGGUCGUAUGAUUUGUUGGAGGGUUCGACGGGGGAGAAACUGGAUAUGCCGGGAAGGCCCCCGCUUUUGGAGGGCAGGGAUCUGAAAGUUUUGCUCGUCGCGGGGAGCUUGGACGGGAACGGGAAGGUCGGGGAAGGGCUGAAGGGGCUGGCGGAGAAGUGGGACCGAGCUGACUACAAGGCUGUUGAAGGAUCAGGGCACCUGCCUAUGGUCGAUCGCCCUGAGGUGUGGUGUGAAGUGGUUGGUGACUGGUUGGGUGGUCUCUAAUGGCGGCCAGUUUCAUCGAACUCUUCGAGAGGAUGCAGAACAAAAUACGAGACUGAGGCUUUCCCGAUUCCCAUGUAUGAUCUCAAGAAUGAACUUUCAUCUCUUUCAUCCC